UGCGAAAAAUAAAAAUAUUCCUGAAUUAUAAAGACCGGAAACACUUCGGCUCUUUUCCCUCUGAUCAGCUUCUGAGCAGACCAGACCGAGUUGGAGUGCAAUGGAAAACCGAAAAGAAGAAGAAAACGUAGAAAACUGGAGCGAGGCAGUGGAGGACCUCGUCGCCACCGGAGAUACAGACGGAGCCAUCUCUCUCCUCGAAACGCGCGUUUCGAACCUCCAAUCCCUAAGCUCCUCUAACCCAGCUGUCCUCCUCCAAUUGGCCUCUGCCCUCGGCGACUUGGCCAGUCUCUACUCCUCUAAAGGCUUCUCUCUCAAAGCCGACGACCUUCGUUCUCGAGCCUCGCUCCUCAAACACCAAGCUCUUUCUCGUGAUGCAAUAAAGAAGGAACAAAAGGAGGAUCAAGUUUCGGCUGCCGAUGAUGCUUUGCGUGGCAAUGAUUCUGUCCACAACGAUUCUUCAAGCGAUGGGCAUCUUGAGCAACCGAUUAAGUCUCCCUAUGAUGAAAAGCUGGGCAAUGGGUCUUCAGAUGAUGAUUGGGAAGCUAUCGCAGAUCGGACACCUGAUGAAUUGCGCUUGUCACAAUGUUUGCCCGAAGUAUCAGAACUUUCAUUGACAGAUACCAAAGUUCAAACCCCUAAGCGGCGUGGAAGGGGAACAUUCUCAUAUAAUAAACAUGAACUGUAUAGUGACCAGUUAUCGGAUAAGGCAAUUGUUGAUAAUUCAGAAGAUGAAGAUGUGUGCCAUAAUUCAAAAGGGGAUGCAGAUAAAAGAUUUUCAAGUUAUGGCACACGCCAUGUUCUCAUUCUCGAUGACUUUCCACCUAGUACUAGGACAACAGAGCUAGAGAAUCUUUUUCAAGACUUCAGGGAUCGUGGAUUUGUUAUUCGCUGGGUCAACGAUACAACUGCACUCGCAGUAUUUCAAACACCAUCAAUAGCGGUUGAGGCCUGCAAUACCAUUCGAUGUCCAUUCAAAGUGCGUAUACUUGAUGUGGAUGACACUCUUAUGAGCUUCAUAUCUCCAAAAGACCUGGAACCUCCUCGGCCAAGGCCACAGACUUCAGCCAGAACUGCGCAGAGGUUGAUUGCGCAGGGAAUGGGAUUGAAAUUGCCUUCAGCAGCCUCUGGGUCACAAGAAUUCAGAAAUCAGGAAGAUGGCAGAAGGAACCGCAUAUACACCAGGCAAAAAUUGAAAAAUGAUGCUUGGGGUGAUGAUUAAAAUUAAAGUUUUUUCCUUUUCACAAGACUUAAAAUGAUAAGCCCCUAAUUCAUCUAUAGAUUCAUAAUUAUAUACAUAGGCUAGAUGUCCUUCCCUUCUUUCCGGUUGUAUUGCCCGAGUUACCUUCUAGCCUCAAAAUUUUCUUAUAUGAAGUUGUGCGCAUCCAUAUACAGGCUUCAUUUGACAACGCUA